CACACUCCAAUGUAUUUCCUCCUUGUCUAUCUGUCCUUGGUGAAUGUGCUCUCCAUCUCAACCACAACUCCCAAAUUGCUGCAGACUCUUUUGUCAUACAAAAGCACCAUCUCAUUUUAUGGCUGCAUCACGCAGGUCUAUUUUUUCAUAUUUUUCCUGGUGACAGAACUUCUGCUGCUGACAAGCAUGGCUUUUGACCGCUACGUUGCUAUCUGUUACCCUCUGCAGUAUACUGUUAUCAUGAGAAAGGAAAUUUGCGCUGCUAUAGCUGUUGGAGCAUGGGUUUCAGGAUUGAUCAAUUCUGCAAUUCAGUCUGGGCUUGUCCUACAACUAUCCUUCUGUGAAUCCAAUAUUAUCAAUCAUUUCUUCUGUGAUCUGCCUCCACUUUUAAAGCUCUCAUGCUCAGACACCAGCUUGAAUGAAACUAUGGCUUCUGUGGCAGAUAUAAUUUUUGCUGUUUUCAGUUGUGGACUGACUCUAACGUCAUAUGGAUUUAUUAUAAGGACCAUCUUCAGGAUCCGUUCCACUGAAGGGAAGAAGAAAGCAUUCUCCACAUGUUCCUCCCAUCUUAUUGUGGUUAGUUUUUACUUUUCCUCAGUCAUCUACACAUAUAUCAGGCCCACUUCANNNNUCUAUUCUUUGAACAGAGACAAAUACAUUUCUCUCCUUUAUUCAGUGGUAACCCCAGUUGUUAAUCCAGUCAUAUAUUCACUAAGAAACAAAGAAGUAAAGGAAGCUCUCAAGGACUUUAUUGGAGGAA